AUGUUCGAUAAGGUCUUCAAAAAGCGUCCACAGGACCUCUAUGCAGACACCCAGCCCCCUGGGGAGUCUAUUUCCACAAAUGGACAUGAGAAAGGUCCCGGUGAUGUCGUCGACACACCUAUUCCACUUCUCACUUGGCGCUCAUUCAUAAUGGGCGUUCUCGUCUCUAUGGGCGGUUUUCUUUUCGGUUACGACACUGGUCAAAUCUCUGGCUUCUUGGAAAUGGACAACUUCCUUAAGCGCUAUGGUCAACUUCAAUCGGAUGGGACAUAUCAUUUCAGUCAUGUCCGUUCGGGUCUCAUUGUUGCCUUGCUGUCGAUUGGUACUUUGAUGGGGGCUUUAGUCGCAGCACCCAUCGCUGACCGUAUCGGACGAAAAUGGUGUAUCAGUUGGUGGUCUCUUAUGGUGUGCAUUGGGAUCACCAUCCAGAUGUCCGCGCCUUUUGGCAAGUGGUACCAGGUCGCCGUGGGGCGUUGGGUUGCCGGGCUUGGAGUCGGUGCAAUCUCUCUACUGGUACCUAUGUAUCAAGCCGAAUCAGGACCGAGGCAUAUUCGAGGAUCGCUGAUUAGUACAUAUCAGCUGUUCAUCACACUUGGGAUCUUCGUUGCCAACUGUAUCAAUUUCGGAACCGAAGGUCGCCCCGACCCCGGUUCAUGGCGUAUCCCGAUGGGUGUCACCUAUAUUUGGGCCGCAAUUCUUGGUCUUGGUAUGAUGUUCUUCCCUGAAAGUCCACGCUACGACUACCGUCACGGCAAGGUGGAUAAAGCUAUGGACACUCUUUCCAAAGUCUACGGUGUCCCUCGUAACCACCGUGCUCUCCACAUCGAGUUCGAUGAAAUCAAAGAGAAAUACGAGGAAGAGAAGCGCAACGGGAAAGUUACCUGGAUGCAGAUGUUCCGUGCUCCGACGAUGGCCUACCGGAUUGCUGUUGGCGUCGCCCUGCAAGCUCUCCAACAGCUGACAGGUGCUAAUUACUUCUUCUAUUAUGGAACAACUAUCUUCCAAGGUGCUGGAAUCGAGAAUAGUUAUGUCACGCAGAUGAUUCUAGGAGCCGUCAACUUCGGAACGACAUUCCUUGGUCUCUACCUGAUUGAGCACUGGGGCCGACGCCGUUCUCUUAUAACCGGUGCGCUAUGGAUGUUCGUCUGCUUCAUGAUUUUUGCCUCGGUGGGCCAUUUCUCCCUGGAUCACGAGUUCCCAGAGAGAACUAAGACUGCCGGUGUGAUUAUGGUGGUCUUUGCCUGCCUGUUCAUUCUUGGCUUUGCCAGUACCUGGGGUCCCAUGGUGUGGACGAUCAUCGCCGAGUUGUAUCCUUCGCAAUAUCGUGCGCAAGCCAUGUCUCUGGCGACUGCAUCGAACUGGCUCUGGAACUUCCUCCUUGCCUUCUUCACUCCCUUUAUUACCGGUGCCAUCGACUUCCGCUUCGGCUAUGUCUUCGCUGGAUGUCUUUUCCUUGCCGCGGGUCUGGUCUACUUCGCCGUUAUGGAGGGACAGGGCCGUACUCUGGAGGAGAUUGACACUAUGUACCGCCUGAAGGUGAAGCCGUGGAAAAGCUCGAAGUUCGUGUUCCCUGCUAGUCCAGAAGUCAUCCGUGGCUCGCUUGAUAAAGGGGAUGCGCCUAGGUCGUCUCAUGUUGCCGAUCCUACUACUGAGCUACGAGAAGAUGGGUCAUCGGUGCCUGAGGCUCGCGUGUAA